AUGGAUAAGAAGCAUGUCAACGCUGGUAAUGUUCACCCAAAGAAGCGCAUCAAAAGCAACAAAAGACCAUGGAAGGAUAAGCUUAACAAGGAGCAUAAGAGGGAGCAUACAUUGGAGCAUAUGGUUCAACAUGAGAUCAUUCAAGAGGAGCCUGUUGAGCACAACAUUAUGAUUAUUGUUGUAGAUGAGUACUGUGUAGGCUUUGGUGGUGCCCAGUUGGAGCGUGUGAGCAUGUUGGAGGGUGAAGAUUCAUAUGAAGUUGCUCAAGAAGUAUCUCCUGAACGCUUUAGCCUCAUGCAAUGGGGCGUUGCUUGUGGUCAAGAUGAGCACUACUUUGAUCGUAUUCAGCACAUCUGGGAGCCAGAAGAUGAGCAGUUAUCUCACGAGCUUGUUGCCAAACUUGAAGCUACACACAAGAAGUUGAAAGAAAAAGCUCGUCAACAACAGCGCAACGCUCUCAUCCCAGGAACUGCUGAGUUCCACCAUCUUCAGCGAGUCAAUCAGAAGAUCAAAGAUGACAACGCUAAGCUUCUGCAUGGUGUAAGGAAGGGAAGGCAACAGCGCAGAACUUCUAAGCAACUGUUCAAAGAGAAGGACUUCAAGGUGACAAGAAAGGGUGGCCUUGAUCAUGUUCGGUACACCUUUGAGAUCUAUGAGAAGGAGCUCAUCCCUUACUACCUAAGGCUCAAGAAUACGCACCCCGGCAAGACAAUCUACAUCUCUGAAGAUGGUGCAACUCCUCAUAUGAAAGCAAGAGAGUUGAUAACUUCAGAGCUUGAAGAAGCUGGUGUACUCUUCUUUGACUGGCCAUCAAAGUCUCCUAAUCUCCAUGCCAUUGAAGACAUCCAGAAUCACCACAAGAAACUCCUUAAGAAGCUUCGAUUUGAGACUAACAGUGCGUCAAAAGCAGCCAAAGAUAAGGCUAAGGUUAAGAUGAGAAGUAUUUGGCAAUGA